CAAAAAGUGGGACGUUCCCGGAAAAAUCACUAACCGGAAGGGAAGGCCAGAGCCCAAGAAGAAGAAGAAGAAGAAGAAGAAGAUAGCUGCCGCCGCCGCCGAUGAGACCAGCGAAAGAAGAAAAAGUAUUCUCCCACUGGUGAGGACUCCUCUUCCUCUGGCUCAUCUACCUGCCUGAACUGAACCUGCCCCCCGUCUAGCUCAGCCUCACCCAGCCCUCACAAGCCCCUGCACCAAGCCUAAAGUCAACCAGACGUCCUCCCUCUUCUCCCGACUUCUUCUUCUUUCUCCCGACCAUCAACACUGCGCUAUGGCAGGGCGAGGCGGACCCGCACGGACCAACGGCACUGCAGCGAGCAACAAGAUCUGCCAGUUUAAGCUAGUGCUGUUGGGGGAAUCAGCGGUGGGAAAGUCCAGCUUGGUGCUGCGCUUUGUCAAAGGCCAGUUCCACGAGUACCAGGAGAGCACCAUCGGAGCUGCCUUCCUCACACAGACGGUAUGUUUGGAUGAUACAACAGUCAAGUUUGAGAUCUGGGACACGGCAGGACAGGAGCGGUAUCACAGCUUGGCACCCAUGUACUACAGGGGAGCCCAGGCCGCCAUUGUGGUCUACGACAUCACCAACACAGAUACAUUCACACGUGCAAAGAACUGGGUGAAGGAGCUCCAGCGACAAGCCAGCCCGAAUAUUGUUAUUGCACUGGCAGGAAACAAAGCAGAUCUGGCCAACAAGAGAGCUGUAGAUUUCCAGGAAGCACAAGCAUAUGCAGAUGACAACAGUUUGCUCUUCAUGGAGACUUCAGCCAAGACUGCUAUGAAUGUCAAUGAGAUUUUUAUGGCUAUUGCCAAGAAGCUUCCCAAGAACGAGCCUCAGGGUGGAGCGGGCGCUGGCGGACGAGCCCAGGGCGGCGUUAACCUGCAGGAAACUGCACCACAGGGCAGAAGUGGCCAGUGCUGUGGGGGCGGGAACUAACACACACAACAACGAGUCAGCUGAUCCAACCAAUCUACAGCUUCGAUCAACCAGACCAGAUAUUAGCCAGCUGUCAAACAAUACCCCAUUGGUCAAACCAAACCACGGUCGGACCAACAACCCUAUGAGCAACACUGCACCAAUAAACUGUUUGGCAUAUGAGUCCACUGGCCAGUAAACUGCCAGACCCCCACUGAUGGUUCCAACUGAUGAACCAACCCCACAGGCUUACAGAAUCAGAGUUUUAACCCCAGGACUUGCCAAUCCAUGACCUCUCUAUUGAUGAUGGACACUUGACGUCACCUUAGGGGAAAGAAAAAAAUAAAUAAAAAGUCCCAUUCAUGGAAGAAGGAAAAAAAAUAUAUCAGUCAUUAUCAGUGGCACUUACUAGGGCCAUCUUGCUCACCUUUGUUUCUGUAUUUGUGUAGAGGAAAAAAAAAAAAUAACGCAACAGGAAGGAAUAUAAGGAGGCUCAUUGCCCCUCCCCCCCCCCUUUACCAUGCACCAUACAAGUAUUUCGAUCAUGGUCUUAUGACGCUGUUAAAACUCCAGUCCAGGUGCAUGCAGCAGCCCUUCACUUUUCUGUCUUGUUCCUGGUCAGCUUCUUGGAUAAGAUGAAGAGAGAAGGUUCGUAAGAGGGGAACGGGAAUGGACAGAGAUUUCCUUCUUGAUAGAGCUGUGUAGAUUGAAUUAUUACAUUGUUAUUGUUAUCACUAUUAUUAUUACUUCAGCUUCUUUUGACACAGGCUGUUCAGUAUGAUUUUUAAAGCCUCGACUUUAAGGUUUUACGAUCAUCCAUCUAUGUUAUCAAUCCAUAUACAGUAAAUAGUACUUUAUUAACAGUCACCCAUACGUCAUUUUAGCAUUAAUGUAAUGUUCUUGAAUCAUCAGUGUACAAUGACAAAUACAUAAAGCAAGAUUUGUUUUCUUGACCAAAAUCACAACUGUGUAUUGACAAUAUUGCUGUAUUUGUAUCAGACUUUUAAAGUUUAUAAUCAAUCAGUAGUUAUUGUCAAAACAAUAUCUUCCCAAUCUCUACAUGUUUUGUUAACCUUAAUUAUUUUGUGAUGGAAUUUUUUUUUUUUUUUUUUAUGUCUUAAUUUUUUUCUGAAGAUCUAUGGUAUUAAAUGCACUGGUUCUGUCUCAUCAUCUUUGUGAAUCGA